UGAUUAGAGGCAACAAAUUCCCUGAUCACAGCGUCGUGAAUAUUGCUCCCGUAGUGAAGCGGAACCGAUGUGAUCGCUAGGUCCCGCUGAUAUUCUCGGAAUAUUGUAAAUAAUAAGUCAUUUUUUAUUUGUAGAAUCUCGGCACAGGACUGGAAGAAAGCACUGAAAUCUAAGUUGUCAGAGUUCAGUUCGUGUUCAUGGGACCUAGCCGAGCUGAGUCGUUGCAAAUUGAUUCGAAGAGAAUGGCGUGUGUUAGAUGUGAUACACAAGAACCUCUACUGUGCACUGUCUUUUUUUUGUUUUCUUUUUUCUUUUUUCUCCAUUGUUGUUUGCUUGCAGAGUGGGAGAGAUAGGUUUAGGUGCCGAUGUGGACGCCGAUUCUGACUCUGUAACUUCGGAAGAAAGUAUUGCGCAUUUUCACAUCCAUACUGGAUAACUGAAUGCCCCUGCGCGUAGGGCCAUGUCAUCUGCUGUGAAAGGUGAGUCGGUGGGACACUGCCAGAAGAAUUGUGAUAGCAGGAGAAGAAGGUCGAAUUAUCCGCUUUCGAUGGGUAUAAAUUCGAAUGGGGUGCGAAUGAGUCUCUCACAGCAGCCUAAAGGACUUUCGUGGAGCCUUGCAGCUGAAUGCUGUUUUUUCGGUUUGAAGAAACCUCUCGCAAAGUCGUGGGAUCCAGGACUUUAAAAUGAUGCUGUAAACACUCGGAAAUUUAUCUUUUGUAAUCUGUAAUUCAAAUCUUGAAAAACUUUUCAAGAUUCGUUCAAAUUAUUUUGGUAUCGGGUUAUGUAAUGGCCAGCUUAGGCUAUUCUUUGCAAUUAUUAUUCUUACUAUUGAGCGUAACAGCGUUUACGACAAGAGCGUGUGUACGGAAGCCUGUCAAUGUGACUUACGAUCAGCGUGCAGUCUUGAUCGAUGGCGAGCGUCGUAUGCUCAUCUCCGCGGGCAUACACUACCCUCGUGCCACGCCUGAGAUGUGGCCAAGCAUAAUACAACAUGCCAAGGACGGAGGUGCAGAUGUGGUGCAAACUUAUGUCUUCUGGAAUGGCCAUGAGCCUGAGCAAGGCCAGUAUAACUUCGAGGGCAGAUAUGAUCUGGUCAAGUUUAUAAAGCUAGUGAAGCAAGCUGGACUCUACUUCCACCUCCGUAUCGGCCCGUACGUUUGCGCAGAAUGGAACUUCGGUGGAUUCCCGUAUUGGUUGAAAGAGAUUCCUGGAAUUGUGUUCCGUACCGACAACGAACCCUUCAAGGUUGCGAUGCAGGGGUUUACGAGCAAGAUUGUGAACUUAAUGAAGGAAAAUGAACUUUUUUCGUGGCAAGGAGGACCUAUUAUUAUGGCUCAGAUCGAGAACGAAUAUGGGGACAUUGAAUCGCAGUUUGGUGAUGGAGGAAAGCGAUAUGUUCAGUGGGCAGCCGACAUGGCUCUCAGCCUUGAUACACGUGUACCUUGGAUUAUGUGCAAACAGGAGGAUGCCCCUGCAAACAUCAUAAACACUUGUAAUGGGUUUUAUUGCGACGGGUGGAAGCCCAAUACCGCCUUAAAACCAAUUCUAUGGACGGAGGAUUGGAAUGGCUGGUUUCAAAAUUGGGGACAGGCUGCUCCUCACAGACCAGUAGAAGACAAUGCAUUUGCUGUUGCUCGAUUUUUUCAGCGCGGAGGAAGUUUUCAAAACUAUUACAUGUACUUCGGAGGCACCAACUUUGCUCGCACUGCUGGAGGACCAUUUAUGACGACGACAUACGAUUAUGAUGCUCCCAUUGAUGAAUAUGGACUAAUAAGACAACCAAAGUGGGGACACCUGAAAGAUCUUCACGCUGCUAUCAAGCUCUGCGAGCCUGCACUAACUGCCGUGGACACAGUACCUCAGUCCACUUGGAUUGGUUCGAAUCAAGAGGCACAUGAGUACUCAGCAAAUGGACAUUGUGCUGCUUUUCUUGCGAAUAUCGAUAGUGAAAAUAGUGUCACUGUACAAUUUCAAGGCGAGUCGUACGUGCUUCCAGCAUGGUCAGUCAGCAUCUUACCUGAUUGCAAGAAUGUCGCGUUCAACACGGCCCAGAUAGGAGCUCAGACGACUGUGACAAGAAUGAGAAUAGCUCCCUCAAAUUCAAGAGGUGAUAUUUUCUUGCCGUCCAACACGCUUGUGCAUGAUCAUAUCUCCGACGGCGGAGUGUUUGCAAAUCUGAAAUGGCAGGCAUCUGCGGAGCCAUUUGGCAUUAGAGGUUCUGGAACAACCGUUUCAAACAGCUUACUUGAACAACUUAAUAUUACCAAAGAUACCUCUGAUUACCUUUGGUAUUCAACCAGUAUCACGAUCACCAGCGAAGGUGUGACUUCAGAUGUGUCUGGCACGGAAGCAAAUCUAGUUCUCGGCACAAUGCGCGAUGCAGUACAUAUCUUCGUCAACGGAAAACUUGCAGGUAGUGCAAUGGGAUGGAAUAUUCAAGUGGUGCAACCCAUUACAUUGAAGGACGGGAAGAACAGUAUUGACUUACUAAGCAUGACUCUGGGAUUGCAGAAUUACGGUGCGUAUUUAGAGACUUGGGGUGCAGGAAUUCGAGGAUCCGUGUCAGUAACGGGAUUGCCAUACGGUAAUUUAAGCUUAUCGACAGCUGAGUGGUCAUAUCAGGUUGGACUUCGAGGAGAGGAGCUCAAACUUUUUCACAAUGGUACAGCAGACGGUUUUUCUUGGGAUUCAUCUUCGUUUACAAAUGCUUCUUACCUUACUUGGUACAAGACCACUUUUGACGCACCCGGAGGUACAGAUCCUGUUGCUCUGGACUUGGGGAGUAUGGGGAAAGGUCAAGCCUGGAUAAAUGGCCACCACCUGGGCCGUUAUUUUCUGAUGGUUGCCCCACAAUCUGGCUGCGAAACGUGUGACUACCGAGGCGCCUACAACACGAAUAAAUGCCGCACCAAUUGUGGAGAGCCCUCGCAACGCUGGUAUCAUAUUCCUCGUGCUUGGCUGCAAGCUACCGGGAACCUGUUAGUGCUCUUCGAGGAGAUUGGAGGUGAUAUUUCGAAAGUUUCUGUUGUCACACGAUCAGCUCAUGCAGUAUGUGCUCACAUUAAUGAGUCUCAACCUCCACCUAUUCGAACUUGGCGCCCUCAUCGUUCGAUAGACGCAUUCAAUAAUCCUGCGGAGAUGCUACUUGAGUGUGCAGCUGGCCAGCAUAUAACUAAAAUCAAAUUUGCAAGCUUUGGCAAUCCAAGAGGCUCUUGUGGUCACUUCCAACAUGGUACCUGCCACGCAAAUAAAAGCAUGGAGGCUGUGCGUAAGGUUUGCAUUGGCAAGCAACAGUGUUACAUACCUGUCCAAAGGAAGUUUUUUGGAUCUAUCGAUCCUUGCCCUGGUGUUUCCAAAAGUCUAGCUGUGCAGGUUCAUUGUUCUCCACAUAAGAGCCCGCAAGCUUCUCAUGAACCUGUGCAACCAACUUACCUUGACUACCAGUGGCAGCAACCUCUCGGAGCAUACGACAAUCCGAGCGAGAGAAAACCAUCACUUUUACCAGAAUCUUAUUGACCAAUCUAAUAACCUCCACAAAGGAAUCAAUCGUGUGUUACUGAAGCACAGGAUAGCAUUUAGUCUGGCAUAUUUUUGUUGGAAGUUGCGUAAUGAGCCACACUCUGAACAAGAGAGUCUUAUGCAACACAAACGGCACAUUCCAAGUGCUGGGUGGAUCCUUCUAACGAACUGUGAUCGUUCGUGCUUAAAGUUAAUUCAUGAGUAAUUAAUUGAUUGGAGGGCUUUUCUAGUUAUAUAAAUUGUUGUUGUUUUUAUUAUCAUUUGUUUCAUAUGGGUACUAAAUAUUAAUUUAUGGUUCUCAUUGGAGAUGCAUUUGAAUAA